CUUUUUACUGUUACACCGGAACAACCUCGGUUGGGAUUUAAUGCAACACCGAGCGCUUUUCCGGUCUCUUUUCACCCACCCAUAGGAAGAAAAUGACGAAGGGUACAUCGUCCUUCGGAAAGCGGCGUAAUAAGACGCACGCUCUGUGCCGUCGCUGUGGCUCCAAGGCUUACCACCUGCAGAAGUCGUCCUGCGGGAAGUGUGGGUAUCCCGAGAAACGCAAGAGACGGUACAACUGGAGCGCUAAGGCCAAGAGGAGGAACACCACUGGGUCCGGCCGCCUGAGACACCUGCGAGUCGUCUACCGCAGAUUCAGGAACGGGUUCCGGGAAGGGACCACCCCAAAGCCUAAGCGUGCUGCAGUGGCUGCCUCCAGCUCGUCCUAGACAUACUUUGGAUUUACUUGUUUAAAUAAAUGUGCUGUUGAUA